AUGCCGCCUGGUACAUGUGUCAAGCCCUGUGAGCUUGCCACUAAUGGGAGGGGGAAGGGGCAAGAUCAUCGGCGCUCAGCUGUUCGAUGUUCCAUGAGCACAGAAGAUGCGGCAAAACUCUAUGACGUCUGCCCACAUGUCAGUGAUUCAGGCCUGUUUUUUGAUGAUUCAUAUGGCUUUUAUCCUGGGCAAGUUCUCAUUGGUCCUUCAAAAGUCUUCUCAAAUGUGCAGUGGCUUUCAGGAGUGAAACCUGUACUCAGUACGAAGAGCAAAUUCAGAGUUGUGGUAGAAGAGGUACAGGUAAUAGAACUGAAAGUUACUUGGAUCACUAAAAGCUUCUGUCCUGGGGGAACUGAUAGUAUAAGCCCACCACCAUCUUUAAUCACUCAAGAGAAUUUAUCUAGAGUAAAACGUCUGGGUUGUUUUGACCAUGCUGAACGGCAACUUGGAGAAAGGUGUCUGUAUGUAUUUCCAGAGAAAGUGGAGCCAGCAAAAAUCACGUGUGAAUGUCCAGAGAGAAACUGUGUUCUGGGAGAAGGAUCAGCUUCUAAGAAGGUAAGGAGACUACUGAAGAAACAAAUAGUGAAGAUCAUGUCGUGUUCCCCAGACGUUCAGAAUACCCUUGAUCUCCCUGAAGGAGAAUCUGCUGCAGCAGGUGACCAACAGCCUGAACAUCUUAAAGCCAAUUUGAAAUGUGGAGCAGAGGACUCCUUCAGUGACACUAUAGGCUUGCAGGACGUAAAAAGAGAGCACAUUGAUGAAACAAGGAAAGGCUUGUCCUGUGAAGCAGCUGGGCUCCAGUUGCAAUCAGCCUUUGUCCUGAAACGGGAUGAUGGCUCCUCAGACUACAAUCUGCAGUCUAUAGAGCAGGAUGCUGAUGAUGAAGCAGCCGAUGACACAGAUGACACCAGCUCUGUAACAUCUUCUGCCAGCUCCACAGCCUCGUCUCAGAGCGGCAGUGGUGCAGGGCGUAAAAAAAGCAUCCCGCUUUCUAUUAAAAACCUCAAGAGGAAACAUAAGAAAAAGAAAACCAAGGUUUCCCGGGAAUUUAAGCCAGGUGACAGGGUUGCUGUAGAAGUGGUGACCACGAUGACAUCAGCAGAUGUGAUGUGGCAGGAUGGCAUGGUGGAGAAAAAUAUUCGUUCCAAUGAGCUCUUUCCUGUCCAUCAUUUGGACAAUAAUGAGUUUUGCCCUGGGGAUUUUGUAGUAGAUAAAAGAGCUCAGAGUUCUCAGGAUCCUGGUAUGUACGGAGUGGUGCAGUCAGGCGACCAUGUUGGUCGCACCUGUGUGGUGAAAUGGUUCAAGCUGAGACCGAGUGGAGAUGAUGUGGAG